ACUCCCUCCGCCGCCUCAUUGGAGCGCCUGUGCGUGUUGUUGUUGUCUCUGAUAUUGUCUGAGCGGAACCAUCGCCACCGAGGUUUUAUAGAAUUAAAAAAAAAAAAAAAGAAGAAGAAGAAAGAAAGCUCGAGGCCGAAAUGUCUUCGCUGCUGAAGCCGUUCUCGGUGUGCGAGGGCCCGUGCGAGAGCCGCGGGGCCCGGAGAGGAUGCCCGAGCUCGGGUCCUCAUGGUGGGCAGACACCAUCCUCCCAGCGCCUGGCCGCCGCGGCGGCGCUGAGCUCUCUGCCGGAGCACCAGCGGACCUACGCGGCGAGGAGGAACCUGGCGGCCGCGGCGGUCGGAGGCAGGAAGAUCACGCAUCCCGGAAAGGCCAUCCUAGCUGGUGGCCUUGCAGGAGGAAUAGAAAUCUGUAUCACCUUCCCCACAGAGUACGUCAAGACCCAGCUGCAGCUGGACGAGCGAGCCAACCCGCCUCGGUACAGGGGGAUCGGUGACUGUGUCAAGCUGACCGUGCAGGAUCAUGGCCUCAGAGGGUUAUAUCGAGGGCUCAGCUCACUGCUCUAUGGAUCUAUACCCAAGUCUGCAGUCAGGUUUGGUACGUUUGAAAUGCUCAGUAAUCCGAUGCGAGAUGCCACCGGCCGGCUAGACAACACACGGAGCCUCCUGUGCGGUUUAGGGGCAGGAAUAGCAGAGGCCAUCGUGGUAGUUUGUCCCAUGGAGACGCUCAAGGUGAAGCUGAUCCACGACCAAUGUUCCCUCAAUCCUCGAUACAGAGGCUUUUUCCAUGGAGUUAGUGAGAUCAUCAGAGAACAAGGUGUGAGGGGGACGUAUCAAGGUCUAACGGCGACUGUGCUCAAACAAGGAACCAAUCAGGCUAUUCGGUUCUAUGUGAUGAACGCACUGAGAAAUUGGUACAAAGGUGACGACCCCAGAAAAGAAAUGCACCCGAUCGUCACAGCCAUGUUCGGAGCGACGGCGGGAGCAGCCAGCGUCUUUGGAAACACACCUUUAGAUGUAGUUAAGACCAGGAUGCAGGGUUUGGAAGCUCACCGCUACAAAAGCACAGCAGACUGCGCCUUCCAGAUCUUAAAACAUGAAGGCCCGCAGGCGUUCUACAAAGGGACGGUUCCCCGGCUCGGGCGCGUGUGUCUGGACGUGGCCAUAGUCUUUGUCAUCUACGAGGAGGUGGUGAAGCUACUCAACAACGUGUGGCACACCCAGUAGACCGGCCGGACGGCGGCCGUGACCCGGGGAAAAGCACAGAUCAGUGCCUCGCGCUACGCACAACUGAACACCUCUAUUCGAGUUUAUACUAGCUCUCUGCAUCGCCCUGAGCAAAGGAUGCCUCGUUCUGGCCAGUCUCCUCACUGUUACAUGAAAUAAUCUGCAAGCGUUAACUAGGAACGUGAGUCUAUUUGCAGUAAUGUAGCUGAUGUACUUCUCCAUUCUAAUCAUUUUAGAGUUUUUUUAUAUUUUGCAGAACUGGUAGAGUCAAAUGAGGUGAUGCUCUUACUUUUUUUUUUUUUUUAUUUUUAAUUUUUAUUUAACAGACCAAACUUAUAGGCUCUGCUUCGAGAGUCUCAUUAAAAGCAACAUGUUUAGAGAAGGAAAACACGGUCAGAUCUUAACCAAAGGUUCAAAGUAGAAGGAAAAAGGAAGACUUGACUAGUUCUAAAAAGGGAUAGAAUCUCUUAAUGUUUCAAGUUUCUAUGACUGUUGUUUCCUGUGAAUGUGUUCCAGUGAACUCUUUGUAACGAAACCAUAAAUGUGUCUUCUGAUUCACUGAGUACUUACUCUUGCUACACCGGGCAGAGAGCAGACUGGACCCAAUCGAGCUUCUCGCAGUGAUUCAAGCUGUCUGUGCAGUACUUCAGCACAUCCUGCGUGUUGUAAAUGCUUGCUUGGCCGUGCUUGUGGCGGCGUUGCACUAAAGCGUUUGUGUUUCUUUGCCGUGUCCUGGUUUAUGAACUUCAGGAAGUGCCCGUUGCGCAUUUCGUGGCGACGGCUGACAACAGAGGUUACGCAGACUGCCGCCUGGUUUCCAGCACUGAGGGUGAAGUCAGGAGGAAAAAGUAACGUCGCAGGAUUCCCCGUUCAUCUUGUCAUAGAAACUUAACUGGUGGCGUAUUUUAAAUAAAAGGUCUAAGAUCUGCUGACACCACACAGCCUUGCACAGUAGCCCUUCAGUCAUCUAUCCUCAGUACUUCAGUAGUUUCCUCUCUGACGGUAAAAAAACAUCAAAACAACAGGAUAUAGUUCAGUCUUUGUAUCUAUAUUGUUUGACUGUCUCACUCACUAAAAGCACAUUUUGGUUUAACCGAAUCGGUUUUGUGUUUUGUGGCUUUACAUGGACAAACUAACAGCUUUGGUGAUCCUGUGCAGCCUGAAAGGUUUGUUUUUUUGGGGGAAGAAACAUGUAUGACUUGGAAAAUACUGUUACAAAUAUGUCAAUGCGCCCAAGUAUACAUGGUACAUGGCAGUCUCAUCAAUAAACUCGUGAUAUAAACCUGAA